AACUACCAACCACCCACGGAUUUGCCAGAUCGGAAGGACAGCUCGGCCGGCGACCACCAAAAAGUCCCACAAAACCCCCACCAAUCCACGCUCAUUCUCAUCGGACCUACCGAAGCCCCGCCGCGCCGCCGCCUCGCCUCGCCUCACGAGCGCCGCCGGCCAGCAACCCUACCGCCACCGACGAGCAGCGAUGGGGCGGAAGCGCGCGCUGCUGGUGGGGAUCAACUACCCGGGCACCAAGGCGGAGCUCAAGGGCUGCCACAACGACGUGGCGCGCAUGCGCCGCUGCCUCCUCGACCGCUUCGGCUUCGACGACGCCGCCAUCCGCGUCCUCGACGACGCCGACCAGGCCGCGCCGCAGCCCACGGGGGCCAACAUCCGCCGGGAGCUGGCGCGCCUCGUCGCCGACGCGCGGCCCGGGGACUUCCUCUUCUUCCACUACAGCGGCCACGGCACGCGCCUGCCCGCCGAGACCGGCCAGGACGACGACACCGGCUACGACGAGUGCAUCGUGCCCUCCGACAUGAACCUCAUCACAGACCAGGAUUUCACAGAGCUUGUGCAGAAAGUCCCUGAUGGCUGCCUGUUCACCAUAGUCUCAGACUCCUGCCACAGUGGUGGCCUACUUGACAAAGCCAAGGAGCAGAUUGGGCAUAGCACAAGGCAGAACAAGGCCCAGCAAGGCAAACGGGAAGUGCAGUCUGAUUCCGGCAGCGGCUCUGGCUUCCGUUCCUUCCUCAAACAGACGGCCCGGGACGUGUUGGAGUCCCAAGGAGUUCACAUCCCUCACCGUGGCCGCCAGGAGAGUAGCCACGAUGACAGUGAGGCUGAGGAACCCUCAGUCACAGAUGGUCACGCCAAGAACAGGUCGCUGCCCCUCUCGACAUUCAUCGAGAUGCUCAAGGAACAGACCGGGAAGGACGACAUUGAGGUGGGCUCGAUCCGGAUGACGCUGUUCAACAUCUUCGGUGACGACGCCAGCCCCAAGAUCAAGAAGUUCAUGAAGGUGAUGCUGGAAAAGCUGCAGCAGGGACAGCACGGGGGCGUCGUGGGCUUCGUGGGUGCCCUGGCGCAGGAGUUGCUGAAGGCUAAGCUACAGGGCAAGCAGGAGGACUUGAAGCCAGCCAUGGAGCAAGAGGUGCACAGCGUGGAGGAGGUCUACGCCGGAACGACGGCGAGGGUGCCCAGCAACGGGGUGCUGAUCAGCGGGUGCCAGACCGACCAGACCUCGGCAGACGCAACCACUUCCAAAGGCUUGUCCUACGGCGCACUCAGCAACGCCAUCCAGGCCAUCCUCGCGGAAAAAAACCGGAAGGUGACGAACAAGGAGCUCGUGCUGAAGGCGCGGGAGCUGCUGUCCAAGCAGGGCUACAAACAGCAGCCUGGACUCUACUGCAGCGAUAAGCACACUGAAGUGGCUUUCAUAUCCCAUCUCUACAUCAUCCAUAUGUAUUUGUUAGUGGACACUGCGAGUAUAAUGGUACCAUCCAUGAUCAAGACAGCCAUAGCUGAAGCUGACGAGAAUGAUUGGCGCCACGAGCCAAUACAAAAGAGACGAGCACUACCUCUGGCAGCGGGAAUCACCUCGAGCAGGAGCACUCAACCCCAGAGCUCCACCAACCGACGAGCUGCCAGCUCGGAACCCCAGCAGACACUACACUUCACGCCGAGUCGCCAACCACCAAGGCACCAACCCAACCGCGUCCAGGCAGCCGCCGGCGGGCUCCACCGAAGCGCGUCAUUCUCCUCGCCGGCAGCGACGACGAUGGGGCGGAAGCGCGCCGUGCUGGUGGGCAUCAACUACCCGGGGACGGAGGGCGAGCUCAAGGGCUGCCUCAACGACGUGGCCCGCAUGCGCCGGUGCCUCGUCGACCGCUUCGGCUUCGAUGACGCCGACAUCCGCGUCCUCGCCGACGCCGACCAGUCCACGCCGCCUCCCACGGGGGCCAACAUCCGGCUGGAGCUGGAGCAGCUCGUCGGCGACGCGCGGCCCGGGGACACCCUCUUCUUCCACUACAGCGGCCAUGGCCUGCAGCUGCCGCCCGAGACCGGCCAGGACGAUGACACUGGCUACGACGAGUGCAUCGUGCCCUGCGACACCAAUCUCAUCAAAGACCAAGAUUUCACGGAGCUCGUGCAAAAAGUCCCGGAUGGCUGCCUUUUCACCAUGGUGUCCGAUUCAUGCCACAGCGGUGGCCUCAUUGACAAGACCAAGGAGCAGAUCGGCAACAGCACCAAGCAGGGCAAGGUCCGGCAGCGGCAGCGAGAGAUGCGGCCAACUUCCUCCGGCGCCAACAUGUGCGCCUCGCUCAUUGGAGCCGUCCGUGGCGCGCUCGAGUACAUCGGCAUCCGCCUCCCUCGCCGCGGCCACCAGAAGCAGAGCGGAGACGAGGCGAAGGCGCAGGCCGCCACCGUCGCGAGCCGGUCGCUGCCCCUGUCGACGUACAUCCGGAUGCUCAAGCACCAGACGGGAAAGGAAGACGUCGGCGUGGGCUCGAUCCGUGCGACGCUGUUCCACCACUUCGGCGAAGAUGCCACGCCCAAGAUCAAGAAGUUCGUCAAGGCCAUGGCGGGCGGCAUGCUGCACCGGCACAACCCUGACCAGGUUACCGGCGCCGGUGCCACGGGCACGGAGCUGACGCGGAACGCUAAGCCGGACGGCGACGAAGGCGGGGAUCAGGCCGACGCUCUCGGGCUCGGGCCAGCCAUGCAGGAGGAGGUGCGAGGCGUUGAGGAGGUGUACGCCGGGGCCGUGGCGAGGGUGCCGCCACGCAACGGCGUCCUGAUCAGCGGUUGCCAGACGGACGAGAACUCGUCGGACCUGACCAUGGCGGAUGGCGCGUCCUACGGAGCACUCAGCAACGCCAUCCAGGCCGUCCUCGCGGAUGAGAAACGCGGGAAGGUGGUGACCAACAGGGAGCUCGUGCUGAGGGCGCGGGGUUUGCUGUCCAAGCAGGGGUACGUUCAGAAGCCUGGCCUAUACUGCAGCGAUGAACAUGCUGAUGCUGCCUUCAUAUGCUGACUAAGCAUGACGAUGUGUUGGCCUACACAUGCGAAAUUGUCCUGACCUCGUGGCAGGUGUGUUUUGUGCCAAUCGUCCAAAUCUUCGAUUUAUCGAAGUAAGAGCCACAAUAGAAAUGACUAGGAUGGCAGGAUUAAAUAUACAAACAGAGUUGACUGGUUUUCAA